CCUAAAUUCUCUUUGUUUCGUCCCUAAACAGCAGAUAUCGCAAUUUGGAUAGUCUUGCAGAGAUGAAGUUGAUUCUAUUAAAACUACUUAAACAUGCUAGAGCCAAGGACGAUAAUUAUGGCUUGAAAAUGCUCUGGGAAGUAGAAAAUGCGAUAGUAGAGUAGGUUGAUCAUUUUCUCAGCAUCGUCUUCAUACAUGGGCUAAUGGGUGACCGCGAACGAACAUGGACCGUCCAUGGAUGUGAUACGCCGUGGCCUCAGAGCCUACUGCCAUCCAAAAUAAAAAACGCAAGGAUUCUCACAUAUAAUUACGACGCCAAUCCAGCAAAGCUGGCUGGCGUAGUGUCGAGCAACCGUAUCGGCGAGCAUGCUGGAACCUUUCUAGCAGCCCUCGCGACUGCGCGGGAUGCCGAUGAGCAGGCUAAGAGUCGACCUAUCAUUUUUGUGGCUCACAGCCUCAGUGGUCUCGUUUGUCAAGAUGCUCUCAAUGCAUCAUCAAUGAGCAAUUCCGGACACCGGCGAAGAAUAAUCGAAUGCACUCGGGGCAUCGCUUUCAUGGGAACCCCGCUGACGGGGUCAGGCUUUGCUGAGGCUGCUGAGCGAUUAGCACGCUGCUUAGGUAUUGGAGAGCAUGUUGUCAUCAAGCAAGCAGCUACACACUACCCUUGGGAAUCUAUCAGUAUCCACAAAAACCACAUGGAGAUGGCUCACCGAACGAACCCCUGCGACAGAUGAGCGCUCAGCGACACGAAGAUAAUGAGCAUACCUGCGUAGCCAUAGAACCUCUAAAGCAGGCUAGACCCGAUGCCUGCAGAUAUGGUGUCUCAGUUGGAGGUAAUAUCACGGCAUCAAGUGUUAUGUGCGGGUUCAAAUCAAACCGGCUUACUCGUUUACAUCUGCAAUUUAUGGGGUUAUUUGUAGGGGGACGAUCAUCCUACAAGGGAUAGAUACCAGCACAUUUCCCAAAUUGUAGUGCUGACCAUGAGAGACCUGUAUCUGGGAGUGAUACGCUACAUGAAGGACGUCGAGAUAGUAACGACUACAUCAUAGAUAUUAGUAAUUUCGAG